GUGAGACAGAUUCUGAGGAGGAGAAAGCAGCAGGAUUUAGGUUUGACCAACUUGUGUAGGGAAAUGGAGGAGGAUCCAGGCCCAGGGAGGAUGGUGGCAAUGAUAUCAGAAACUGAGGAGAAGCAGUGGAGAUGGAUUGAGAGGGAAGAUUAGGAGUUUGGCUUUGGUUGUACUAUGUUUCCAUCUAGGAGAUGGCUGAGAUGCAGGCUGACAAGUGAAAGUGGAUGGGAAGAGCAACAGUCCCUGCCCUGAAUGUACAAUUGGAAGCGUACCCUCUGUGACAGCUGUUUGCUCCCAUUGUCACCCUGGGAUUCUGCCGAGUGCUCCCAUCCUGCAAAGACUUCACACGGCUUUAUGGCUAAAGGAGAAGGUCUCGGAAUGGGGGACAAGGCCAGGAUGCAGCAUGGAGACUCUGAGAGGAGGGAGGAGGAAGAGAGAAGGUGGAGCUCCAGGAGUUACAAUGUAGGGGGCGUCUCCAGCUUCCUCUCCACUCUCGUGACCUUCCCCAUCUACAAGACCAUCUUCCGCCAACAGAUCCAUGCCUUUUCCAUACAGGAGGCCAUACAGCAACUGCACCAGGAGGGCAUGCGCCGCUUCUACCGGGGCCUCUUCCCACCACUCUUGUCCAAGACGCUCCAGGGAACCCUGUUGUUUGGCACCCAUGACAGCUUGCUCCUUCUCCUUACCAGCAACCCUUCUAAGCCUUGCACACUGGGGGAGCGGUGGACAGCAGGAUUCCUGUCUGGCUCAGUGGAGGCCUUAGUCCUGAACCCCUUUGAGCGGGUCCAGAAUGUCCUACAAGAUGGACGGAAAGAUGUCAGGUUCCCAAACACCCGGAGCAUCCUGCAGGAAUUCAACUCGUAUGGUCUGAAGGAAAGGCUGGUUGUAGGCUACUACCGUGGCCUCAGCCCCGUCCUGCUGCGGAACAGCCUGGGCAGCGCACUGUACUUCUCCUUUAAGGAUCCCCUCCGUGAUGGCCUGGCUGCAAGGGGCUUGCCUAGCUGGCUCCCUGCCCUGGUGUCUGGCAGUGUUAAUGGAACGGUGACUUGCCUGGUGUUGUACCCUCUGAGUGUCCUCAUUGCCAACAUGCAGUCACAGGUUGUGGGGAGGGAUCUCCUCUGCCUCCGGCAGUCUGUUUGGUCUGUCUGGGAGUCGCACGGGAGGAAGCUGACUCUUCUUUACCGGGGCGGCUCCCUCCUUGUCCUCAGGUCCUGCCUGACAUGGGGUCUCACCACUGCCAUCCAUGACUUCCUAAAAGAGAACACGGGGCAGAAGUCCCGGGUGGAGUGAGGGGAGAGGCCAGAGAACCACUGACCCUGACAUUUCUAGUGUCAUGUCUUAGAGCCCUGAGGACUUUGAGUGGGAUUUUGCUUGUUUACAAAGAGGCCUUGAAGCUCAUAGUCAAUAAAACUUUAACACACAAGCUAAACCUCCAACCUACAGGUCAAAAGUCAUGCUCUGAGGCCAUACUUUCAAGACAAAGAAGCAACUUUGGGGGGGAAGGGACUUAACCAUCAGAAAGUUGCUUGGUUGGUUUCUUAAACAGCCUUGUAAGAAUCUGGAGUGUCGGCUUCUGUGGCCACAUGGAGUGAGCCAAACCCUGCCUGCAAAAGGCUUAUCUGAUCAUAUAUUUAUGGCGGUGCCCAUGCUCUUGUCUAAGCACAGGAUGGACAGUCAGGUGAGUAGCGUUCUGUUCCAAGCUGUGCCACUGUGACCUUGUAAAGACAUCUAAUAUCUUGUGCCUCAUCUUGAAAAAUGGGGAUCAUAGUAUUUUCCUGUUAAAAGUGCUUUGAGAGCAUGGGUGGAAAGUGCUACAGAAUUGCAAUGUGUUCCCAUAUUAUUGCAAUCUGUAGAUGAAACAUGCACUGUCCCUCCUAUAAGAGAAUUUCCCUCUACUACUGCAUGUUCAUGACUCAUUAAGCACCCAACUGAGCUAAACCCUAGAAGCCAAAUUCUGUUCUUGCAUUUGCACUUGUGCCUCGGGUUAGUUCAACACUGAGGAUACAGAGAACAGGGGAAUGUGGGCUGAGGUGGUGAAGCUAGGCCAUGCAGUUUAGGUUUGGCUAUUCAUAAAAGCAAGAAGCUGGUGGAGCUGCUAGAAGGCAGGCUGCUUCAACUGGAUUGACCUGAAUCAUGAAGCAGAAAAUUGGGAGACUCUGGCUUCUCUGUGAAGUGGCAAUUUAGACUCCUGGGUGAAUUCCUGGUUCCAUUGUAGUCCAUGAGAUUGAGAAUUUGGGUGCCAGGAUUUCAGGCCAUGUGUGUUUUCAUUCUCAGUUCAUGUAGUUACAGAGAAGGUUGGAGUGAAGGUUAUGGUCACGGCUGCGUUCUGCAAGCUUUCAUGAUCCUGAAAGCAUCCUUUCAGAGUUCAAAGUUGGGUUUGGGACAGAACCACUUCUGCUGUAUGUGGAGGGUGAUCUGCCUCUAACUGCCAAUGUGUGCUCAUGGUGCUGUUAGAUCUGUCACAGCCUUCGCUAGUACUGAUCAGACAACAUUGGUGACUCCCUUGCUGCGUGCGUGUGGUGGGCCUGUCACAAUUCCACUCCUUCCUCUCUGAGAUUCCAGGUGGGUGUCACUGAGUUAUUUCUCCGCCUCUUUUCAGAGCAGGAACAGUAUCCCCGAUAAUGUCACGGCUAACCUGGUGGCUGAACUUUGACUUUGUCCUCACCCAUAACUAUU